GAAUUAUUGCAUGCCUUGACUAUAAUAUCAAAUAAUAACGAGUGUCAACUUUCAAUUAAUGUUCAACAAAAAUAACAACUAAAACAUGAAUAAAUUGUCUGUAAAUUCGCUUGAAAAUUGUGAGCUGGGAAACAUUGCAGCGGAGAGAAUUUACGCUCCUUCUACAAUUCAUCGCCAACAAUGCGUCUCUACUCCAAUUCUUAUACGAGGCAUUUUGAUGUUAAUACUCUUUAACAUUUGUUUGGUCGCUGGCGUUUACUUUUUCUAUGUUUAUGUGAACACUUUGCCGACAGAUGAACGCAACAAAUUAAACACAGCAUUUUGCAGCGUUGCCGCCAUUUUGGUGUUCAUUUCAUUGCUCAAUCUUGGAGACUUGUCGAAAACGAAUUCUAACUUCUACUAUAUUUAGAUUAGAUUGCACAUAUGCAAACUGUUGGCAUGUCGCUGAGUUGAAGUUCAAUAAAGAGUAUACUUAACUAAUUAUUUGACAUUUUCA